AUGUCCGUCACUAAUGUCCUGAUGCGUCGGGGCACCGAGCUCGCUGUAACUCACAUGCAGUCGGGUAAGCCUGAGCAGCAGCCUAAUGGAGGCUUGGUGGCUCUGUUUGCUAUCACUGCCAUCUUGAUUGGCCUUGCUUUCUGGGCUGUUGAAUAUACCUACGGAAUGGUGAUCUCCACACUAGCCGCAGUUGAAGAUACCAACCCCGAUAUCUACGUGCGCAUUGUUCCCAAUCCCGAUACCAUCAAGCCAACCGACGAGGAAGACCCUGAGCUGGUUGCUGCUACUCCUCCCAAGCCCAUCACCAGCAAGCUGCGCACUACUGUGAAGCACCUGCGUUCCCGUGCUGGCUUCUGGUCUCGCUUCCGUGGAAUGGGCAUGUUCGUGGCCUACACCGCGGCUCGUGGCCUCCUGUCAUCUUUCAUCCCUGUCUCCUCCACUUCAUAUCUGGGCCAGUUCAUCGUUCAGUCCAUCCUGAGCGUUCUCCUGGCUACUUGGCAGAUGGCCUGGGUGCACAUUGUCAUCUCUGAGCCCUCCCCAAAGCGCUUCUAUCAGCGUAUCCCCAGUUAUAAGACUUGGAUUAAAAUUGCUCCGGCUGCUGCUCUCCAGGAUGUGCUCACCGCUGCUGCUUUCUUCAUCCCCAUGGCCGUUGCCAAUUUUGCUGGCUGGCUCGAUGUUGCCGGUGAUCAGGAGGUCCCGCCUCUGGUGGCCCUCUACCGCUUCAUGGGUGUCAGUGUGAUUCCUGCUAUUCUGGCAUUCCUGAUCUCUAUGCCUGCUCGUGUCAUCUUUGUCCGUGUGGCUGCCUCCAUGCUCCCCGAGGAGGAUGAGACUAUUGUGCCAUUUGAUCGCUCUUUCGGCGGCAAAGUCAGCCCUGCGAUCACCGGUGGCAGUGGAAAGAUCGGCCUCAUGGAUGCAUGGACUACAUUUGACUGGGCUGCCCGUGUCCGCUUUGCCAAGGUUAUUGGUAAGACCUUUGCUAUGGAGGUCGCGCUUGGUAUCUUCGCCACUCUGGUACUUGGUGGUCAGGUCUUUUGGAUUUUCAAGACUGCCAAGCCCGUUGACUCUGAUGCUCCUGGGAUGCGAAUUAGCUGGGAGUAA